ACAGAUUCCAAUCGUGCACCUCCACUUUCUCAACAUCUUCUCCCUCCUCCUUCCAUCCUCCUUAGGCUGCGGCUCCAAUUGCGUCUGCCUGGGUGCAGACGGGAAAAGUGAGUGCUCCGCGUUCGUUGCAGGCGUGUUGCCCCAAGGACUUCGACUGCCCUGCCCCUCCAUAGCUCUUUUGGCGUGCGCGCCGCCAGUGGAGUACGUCGAUUCCCUGCGUUCUUCAUCUUGUGCCGAGACUUCUGAUGCUGAUCAGUGCACAGUUCUUUGGUGAAAGAUAGGUUCUCGGAUGAAGAUGACGGUGGGGAUGAUCGGUCAGGCGGUCGGCAUGGAAGUCGGUCGAGAUGUCGGAUAUAUCGUUCUGGUUUCGGAAGUUGGCGUGAGCGAACGAGCAUGGAAUUUUGGAGCGCUUGGGCCGGCAGGAUGUGUUCAACUUCCAUGUUCUUUGGAUUUGAAGCACCGCUCAUAGGCACGAAGGGUUCUUUUCGCGCGGACCUCCUCCUCCGCGCUAGCUGGCUCUUCGGGUCGUCUCUCACUUCCCAAAGAAACUGGUAAUCUUG